AUGGGGGUUUCGGCGGGCCCAGCCGCUUCAGCAUGCAGCCGUGACUGCGCUCUGCGCGUGCCACUGCGACCCGCGCUGCACCCCUCCGCCCGCGCCCAUGCUCUCGCGUCGCCUACCCAUUUGCGCUGCGCCUCCGCUCGCGCUCCCCGCGGAAUUACCGCCAGUUUCUCCUCCGGCGGAAGUUUUCCGCAGCAGCUGCAGCAACAGCGCCGAAAACAGCCCGCCUCCGCUUCCCUGCGGGCCAGCUUGCGCUCCUCUCCGCCAGCCGAGCCCUUUGCGCCGGCGUGCGCAGAUGCUAUUUCCCCCGCAUCCGCUGCUUCCGCGGUCGCAAAGGCGUUCCGGGGCGCGCGCUUCAUUGCCGGCGCGGCGUCGCUCGCGUUGGUAGCGGCUGCGGCGGCGUCGGGGGCGGCGGGACCGGCGGAUGGGGACGCGGCGAAACCGGACGCAGCCAUCCCGGUUCCUGCGACGGCAGCAGCAGCAGCAGCGGACGAGUCCUCUGGCAGCUGGUGGGACAGUUGGAAGGCGCGGUCGGCGGGACUCAAGGAGAAGGUGGCGAAGCUGGGGCUGGCGGCGGUGCUGGCGUACGGGCUGUUUGACGGCGUCACCUACACCACCUUCUUUGUGCUCGCCUUCCUCGGCUAUGAGAAGAGCACCGGACUCAACCCCGCUGCCAACCUCAAGGCGCUUCUUGGGAUCGUGGUUCUGAUGUGGACGGGGAAUAAUGUGACGCGGCCAUUUCGAGUGGCAGGGGCUGCAGCCGUGGCUCCAUUUAUUGACAAGGCGUUGAAGAAGUUCCAGGAGAAGCUCAACCUCCCCAACCAGUUCUUGGCUUUUGCUCUUGUUGCAGGGACCUUCGGAGCUAUCUGCCUUUCUGUGGUUGGGCUUCUUAUCCUCUCACGCAUAGGGGGAUAG